AUGGCACUGGGUGUGAGCGCCGUUGAUCGAGAGAUCGCGUCCCUACCGCCGUCCAAAUUUUGGGGGCCUGUGGUGACGGGCCCUCCACCAGGCCUUGAGCACAUGGCGAUCGAGCUCCUGCAGCACCCUCUUCUCAACAUGAUGCAUCAGUUGGAGGUGCGCAGCGACCCAGAGAAGAUUCCGGAGGCAUUCACUUUGUGGUCGGAUGAGUUCGGCUUGCACCCGAGCAGCAUCCAGUGGCUAACGACAACGAAGAUGAUGAUCCGCAACAUCCCUGCCCGCUGCACGGAGCCAGAGUUCCGACUGUAUCUCAACACGCUCGCCCGGAGGGAGUAUGUGCUUGAGAUGCCCAAGACAAGUGCCGCCAAGUGUAAGGGUUACGCCUUCGUGCAAAUGCGUGAUCCGGAGGAUCUUGUUGCUUUGGCGCGAGAGAUGUGGCAGAAUUGCGUCCCUAGCAGGAUGAGCCCACGCGCCUUGAAGAUCCACCCA